AUGGCCGAAGAAACAGAGUCGCCGCAGACAGAAAAAGAAUCGGGAGAGCAGCCAGAAAGUCCGAGCAACGAGAAUGUGCUAGACGAACAAGCUGUUGCUGCGCUCCUGAAGGAGAUCGAAGCAUCGCAGCCAUCGAGAAUGGACCUUGCUCAGCGAGCACCGAUAGAGCGAGUCAAAUUCGAGCUAGAGCCUAUGGACAUGCUGCUUGAGUCGUGUCUUAGCUUAAUGCUCACUCAGAUAGGAAUUCAACAUGUUACGCGAUCGGCUCUAAACCAGCUGACCCUUCUUGCUGUCAAACACAUUGACCUAGUGUUCUCGCAACUCCACAGAAUAACAGAGGUGCAGCGCAGACGACAGCCGGGGAAGGCCGAUUUGAGGACGCUUGAAAAGCUAGGUGUAAUUGAUUUCAAUUCCAUCUACGAGGCUUUUUUGUUGACGAAGAAGCUAGACUGCCAGAAUUUACAGAAUAUCGAUCGCAGAGCACGUAGGUUGUGCGAAAUUCUAGAUAAACCCGCAGAGGAUGAGAUUGUGACCGAGCAGGAUCCGGCGUUUGUGUUUUUCAACGACACUUCCUCUGUGAUUUCGCAAGUGGUUCCGCCCAGCGUGGGUCCAAAAGAGUAUAUCCCGAGCUGGAUGCCACCGCUCCCACCAGACCACACCUACCGUGCGACUCCGAAGUACACCGCUGUGAUUGAGGAUCCGAUCAAGAUGCGCGAGCAGCUGGUCCAGGAGGCCAGACUUGGAGAAAAGGCUUUGCAUCACAUUUUGGACCUCAAAGACAACGUGGUUCCUGUUGAAAAGGGCGAGAGUGAGCCUGAGCUGGACACAGAUGUGAGCUCUGAAAGUGAGCAGAAGGAGGUGCAAGAAAACGAAGAACCAGAGUCGCGUGAGGGCAAGUUUGACAUUGUUGCGUUGGCUGCCAGACGGCUUGCUGCUCUUGAGAGACGGAGGCAGGAGAAAGAGAAAAAGUACAAGGAGCGUACCGAGUCACAAGAAGCCGUUUUGGGGCGGGUUCUUGGGUUCUACACAAAGUCGAGCGGGCGCCCUGAGAAUUUCAAUAAUGAUAUCAGAAGCAUCUACGACCAAACGUACGAUCAAGUGGUCAGUGGACUCAGGACCCAGCAGAAGAAGCGGAUAAGACAAGUCCAGUUGGAGAAAGAGAAGCGCGAGCGCAUGCAAGAAGAGAUCCGCAUUCCAGACUUUGGUGGCAAGGUUCACGAAGAAGCCGAUUUUGAUAUCGAUGACUUUGAGCUUGACGAGAUCAUGGAAGACGUGGAAAAGGAGCAGGGCGAGUCCAAGGAUAACGUCGUGGCAGAGGUCUCUGCCACGCAUGUUGAGCCCACCGGGUCAGGGCCUGCGACUGAAAAUUCUCCCUCGCUGGUAUCAGAGCCUGCAGAGGAUGCGAUAUCUGACGAAGACGUUGAUAUGGACCUGUUCGAAUAA